AUGAAGGCCUUCUGUUUUGCCCUCGUCUCUGCUGCCAUCGCAGCGACCAGUUACGCGUCUCUUCUCCCUCGCGACCAAUCUUUCUGCACUGACGCAAAGACGGUCUCUACCACCACCAUCGCUGUCGGGGACAAGGAAGUCGAGCUCACACAGCUCUCUUGUGGCACGUCCGUUACCAAGCGUCAAACCGCGACGCCGAUUCCCAAUAUCUGCGGCGAAAUUUGUCAGAACGUGUGCAGCGAUAGUGGUAACCUCCCUCCGACUACGGAGGACUGCCAGACCAUUGUUGAUGCGAUCACUAUCCUCAAUGGCUCCGUAUGUCCGACGUUCACCGUUGACCCGAACCACGUCCAGACGAUCACGUUCGGGACCUGCAGGUUCUUCUUCGAGAACCUCGGCCCAGACCCGCUCACAUACUGCUGGCUCGAUUUUGUUCAAAUUGCUUCCGCGGCCGCUAGCCAAUGCUUGCCGCCCACCCAACCCGUCUUGUCUGAAGGCCUUUGCAUCGCCAGAGAUAGCACCUGGGAAGUCGGGUACGUGCCAUUCUGA